AUGAAGAAGGGAAAGAACAAAUCAGACCAAAAACUAUUAGCUGCCUCAGACAUAGUUUUGGAACCUGAGGAAUCUAUUGAUAAAACUCCUGUCGAUACGUUUACAGUCGAAGUAUUGGGUCUUCAAACUUCAGACAUUGAAAGAGUUUCUUUUAUUAUUAAUAUUACAUUUUUCGAUAUACCAAUACUUGAGGCAGAAAUCCCAUCGCUGUGGGCAAGACGAAGCAUUGAUAAUAAAGCAAUAGCAAGAGGUUCAAUGACAUACGAUCCUUCAGACUAUUCCAAAAUGUGCUCAUUUGCUGAUGAACCUCUUGUGGUAACCAUCGAACCAAUAACUGUGUCAGAAAAUUCAACCGACAAAACAUCUGAUAAAGUAUCAAACAAAAUGUCAGACAAAACAUUAGAUAAAAGUUCAGAUAAAAGUUCGGAAAAAAUAUCUGAACCUACAACGGAAUCCAGACAAUCCGCCAGUGACGCUUUAAGUUGCAACAUAGACAUUUUACCAAUGUUUCUUGGCACUGACGAAUUAUUCGUCAAAGUAAGACUGCAGCCGGUAGCGCUAGCAUCAGUUCUCAAUGCUAUCAGUUGGGACAACCUGCCACUCCUCACUUUGAAGCUCUCCGUGAACCGAGAUCCAAUGAACGACGAGCAUCAUAAUGUUCUCGCUAAAGCUAAUUAUUUUAAAUUAACACUUAUCGGCUGCUACAAUAUUACGAAUGCUUUAUCAGACUUCAAUUUUAUAGCUGCUUCAAAAACAACCAUGUGUAACGAAAAGGGUAAUACUAUCACCAAAUUCUACGAUGGGUACAAACGUCCGAAAGGAUUUUCUGGACUAAGCUUCUUUCCUAAAUGGGAAACUAUGCGUUUACGUGCAAAUGUCAAUGCACAAUAUUCCGAAAAGUUUAAUUGUACAAUAGAAAACAUACAAAACGAAGCAAAUAUUGAUUUGAAGAAAUAUUUUCAACAGAAUUCCACGAGCAAUGUAAUAUGGGCGUCGUUUCACCGAACACUGCUGCUCAAAAAUACAGAACAUUCGUUUCUGGACUUCAUUCGUCAAUACAGCUGGCCACUUGAACUUUAUGCUUCCGAUAACAAUGUCGAUUAUUCAUUUAUGGCCUUUCUUGAUUUAUUUAGACUACUCUACCCUGGAGAAGAUACAAUUCGCAUGGCAGUGCCUUUAAAAUGGCUGGAUGAAGCGCUAAUGAAGGAAAACUGUGACUGCGAUAAGUUAUUGGAAGUUACAGAAAUUGAUCCUUCUACUAUCAGCAAUGUUAAAAAAUCGAGCAAAGUAAUAUCAGAAGGAACAAUGAAAACGGACCCAAUACCAGUGACGACAACGGGUAAUGACGACACGGAUGCCUUCGUUGUUGUGGAAGUCUCUCUUAAGAAUCCAAUAAAGCAGCCUGCGAUACCGCCUCAUAUAUCUCCGAUACAAAUUAAUAAAAUGUUAGAAGAAAUGGAGAGUCAGCAGACGCAGCGAGAGUGUACGGCGCGAGGCCAACUUGUCAAAGAUUGGGUCAACGUCGUGAAGAUGGCAGCUAAUGCGCUACGCAGAAUCUCAUACUAUGGUUCAACUGACUUCUGUACAUUUGACCGUCAGUUCAGCUCGACCCGGACUCGGGUGGAGAUGGUAACGUCAUUCUGCGACGAAGCUGCAAUUUAUGUCAACAAUAACUUUGUAGCGAGAGACUUCUUGGAGUCAGAUGAUACAUUCAAGGAAUUAACAUUAAUGGCGCACGCGUGCCUGGUGCGAGAAGCGGGCGACUGCCUGUUGGUGCCCGAGGAACGGCGGCUGGAGCCCACCCUUAGGGCGGCGCGCCACGCUCGCACCUUCCAAGAUGUCUACCACGCUGUAGAACUUUACUUUCAAUGUGUAUCCCGAAGUCCUCGUGACGCGAAUCUGUGGCGAGAGCUAGCGACCUGCCUGCAGGAUCUCGACCAGGAGUGGGCGGACGUCUGCCUCGACAAGUCAUUGUACCUCAAUCCAAGACAUCCUCUCACGCUCCUUUCCAAAGGAUGUAUGAUAUUCAAGAAAGAUCCAGAUGAGGCAGAGCCGUUCUUCUUGAGCCUGCUAUUCUUCCAGCCGUUUUGGGUGACUGGGAUGGUCGCAUCCAACGCGUAUUUCUUACACAGAGAAAACUUUGAAAUGGCUGACACGAUUGCAGAAUGCAUUAAAACGGUCCAGACACAAGGGCUAUCAGAACAGCUGAAGAUACCGCGGGCAUGGGAGAACGAGCUGGGCGACUGGUGGGACGCGACGCCGCUGUUGCCCGGCAUGAGCCUGUAUUACGAUACCGCUGACCUUCUGCUCAGGUUACGAGGUAUCAAAUUAGCAGAAGUUUGUGUCGCCCAAGCACUGCAAACAUGCGGCGACUCUCCCGCUUACUUUCAUCUACUGGCGCUGUGCUGUCGUCUAAGAGGCGACUUUGAUAACGCUCUUUGUCAUAUUCGUACAGGAAUCAAGAAAUAUGGCGAGGUCAGUUAUUUAAGAACAUUGGAGGCGGAAUGCUAUCACAUACAGAAAAAUCUUUCAGCAUCCAUUGUGUCUUUGGAUAAGGCUGAUACGAAUCUUGGGUCUUACAGCGUUCUAUUGGGCAUGAUGAGCAGCAGGUCGGAGCGAUGUCGUUCGCUCCUCACGGAGCUGCUGCGCCGACAGCCCAGCGCCUACGCCUGGAUGGCAUAUGCUGAAGAAUGGAUACUGGCAGCUAAAGUAGAAGCAAAGAAAGCAUCACCGAAAGGAGAAGCUCAGGCCAUCGCGUAUGCAGUGGCGUGCGCGACCGAAGCCCUCAAGAUAGACAAGCAGGCGGGUGCCGCUUGGGCUCUGCUUGCAAGAUUUGCGAAGAAGAACGCCAGGAAAAUAUACUGCGCGAAAAUGGCCGCAGCGUGCGGGCACAGCUGGGCGGGUUCUUCUUCGGCGUCGGGGUCGCAGCCCGGCUUGUGCCAGCGCGUCGGCAAGGCGCUGCGCGAGUGCCAAUGCAGAAUAUGCGCCCACUUAAUACUUUAA